AUGUCUACCAGUCAAGUGAUGAGCUGCUGUGCACCUUCUAAGUUGCGCGUGGACUUGACCCUUGACUCAGGAGCGUACCCGGGCUCUGGAGACGUAGGGCUACCACCGUCCCAAUGUGGGAUGUUUGAUCUCAGAACGCCAAGCCCUGUAGGCGCCGACAAAGCUCCGAAUCUCCGACGCGAGGCGCCCACUGCCACAACACCACAAACCGACGUCCAGCUACAGCAGUCGAGCCGACCCCAGAGGCGGCUUGUGGAUCCUCGAGACGACCGUCACUCGCUUGCGGCCUUGCGAUCGACACAGUGGCUAGACACCACGUAUGAAGGACCCGAGAUGUUCUGGACGAGGCUUGAAGGAGCGCGCCCACUGCAUUAUCCGUGGGAUUAG